AUGGCGGGCUCUGCAAAUAAAAAGCAGAAGAGAGUAGACUACAAGAGUGCUCGCGAAGGUGGUGAUACGACAGAGCUGCCCAAAAAGAAGUUUUAUAGACAGAGAGCCCAUGCCAAUGUCUUCUCCGACCACAAUUUGGUGUAUCCUAUCAGUCCUGGCCAUAUGGAUUGGUCGCCCUAUUUUCCUCAUUUCGUCGAGCCCUCAACUACUGGAGCAAAUAGGGAAGUCGAGGUUGAACAGCAAGACACCAGCGCAGACCUACAGGCCGUUGCAGCAAGUGAAGAAUCCGCUACAAAUACAGGAGAUAUAAGAAGGUUGACGAAGGACGUGGAGGUCGCUGACAUUGGGUGUGGAUUCGGAGGGCUACUUGUUGCUCUGGCUCCUAAGCUGCCCAAUACCUUGAUGCUAGGCAUGGAAAUCAGGAUGCAAGUGGCGGAAUACGUCCAAGAGCGGAUCAAAGCUUUGCGAGUUCAAAGGGCAGAUGAUGGUCUAUAUCAGAAUGCGGCAUGUCUACGAGCAAACAGCAUGAAGUUCCUUCCCAAUUUCUUCAAGAAGGCACAACUGUCAAAGAUCUUCCUCUGUUUCCCAGACCCCCACUUCAAAGCUCGCAAACACAAGGCUCGGAUUGUCUCUACAACGUUGAACUCGGAGUACGCUUAUGUUGUACGUCCAGGGGGCGUGGUGUACACAAUAACAGAUGUGGAAGAUCUGCACCUCUGGAUGGUGGAGCACUUUGACAAGCAUCCGUCAUUUGAAAGGCUGUCGGAGCAGAAUCAGGAAGCAGAUCAGUGUGUUGAAGUCAUGAGGAUGGAGACAGAGGAGGCAGGUAUCGCCAGUUUUAUCGCUUGGGGUUAUGCCGUCAAUUGGAUUCCGGCGCUGCGCUGGGCAGGAUACGCCUUUGUCGCAGGUCUCGUUCUGCCAGUCGUUGGACUGGUCGCAUUACUGCUACUUACCUCGAGGGGGAGCCAGUAUGGGGGGAGAAAUACUUUGAUUCGACCAAAAGGUCCUGCCUUUCUCGCCGCGAAAUCAUGGGACAAGGAAAUCGCUGCCCUUCGAAGCCGGCAGGCAUACCAUUGGCAACCCCUCUACCCCGAAGAUUUCAAAGUAUCGAACGCGUUGGACGAGCUGUUGGAAUUCAUUCUGCGGGACUUUGUGAACUCCUGGUAUUCAAAUAUAAGCCAGAAUCCGGUCUUCAUCAAUGAGGUGGACAAGACUAUCCGCAUGGCUCUGGGCAGCGUGCGAGAUAAGCUCCUGGAGCUGGAUAUCACCGAAGUUGUUACUACGAGAUUUGUCCCAAUUCUCACGGCACAUUUCAAGGAUUUCUACGAAGCAGAGAGAGCUAUACGAGGGAAACAUUUGAAUAGGAGCGUUACGGAGUCGGAGGAGCUGGAUCUGGCGAUUGCUGCGAAAUACAAGGACGGAAAAUUACACCCAGCGGCGUCUUUGGCAUUCUCAGAUAUGAAGCUAGUACAGCAGGACUAUUUGCGAAACUUGACGAAGAGCGUGCUACCGAAAGUUCUGCCAGAGAGGGUUCUUGCUAGUCGAGCUGUAGCGGUUCUUGUCCAGGAACUGUUUCGUUAUGGAAGCAUAUGGUCGUUCGAUGCUUCAGGAUCGGUCAACAUUCCAAAGCCGAGACGGACAAUAUCAUUCCCACGAAUAUCACCUGGAGAUAAUGAACGCAAAUUCGAAAAGUUUGUACGAGCUAUUCGGAAGGUCAAUAAUCUAUCAGAUGCGAGAAGAUUCCGGAGUGAGAUUUCGAGUCAACUGAAAAGGGAUGCUCUGCAAGAGGGCCAAGACCCAAUAUAUCUACGGCGUCUAGAGAUAGGGAAACGAAUCUCAGACCAACGUGUCAACCAAUUAGCGGCUGGUGGAGAGAGUGUACCGACACCGAAUGCUUUAAAUCAAAAUGGAACGCAAGUCUCUAAGCUUGAGAAUGCUUCUCUAGUAGACUUGCUCCAUGAUCCUUCGGGACUUUCUUACUUUAUGGAGUUUAUGGACAGACAGAAUCUUAUGCCAUUGGUACAAUUUUGGAUCGUUGUCGAUGGCUUCCGAAAUCCACUUGAAGACGAAACUACCGAAGAUGACGAGAUACCUGCAACACUGCCACCGUGGACUAAUGCGGAUAGAGCUGAUCUUGCUCAAAUUAACGAGGCGUAUCUGGGAAAGCCAGAGCUCAAGGUCUCAGAGACGUCCAAAGCCCUGGUACGAGAAUUUCUCAAAGCUGGCAAAGAGGCAACCCCAAAACAAUACUUUCUGGCUCGAAGGGCUAUCCUCAGAGCACAAACGGCAGCUCUCAAAUCUAUGCGGGAAGGUAAUUUCCAAGCUUUCAAGAAAUCAGACCUGUUCUAUAAGUGUCUCACAUCUCAAGAGGCGUCCAAAAGCUUGGUGCCACCUCCACCGCCUUCUACACUAAACUUACUAAGACCGGAGUUAAUGGUUCAGAAACCUCAAAUGCAUCCUAGGGCAAACACUUCCCAAGCGCUUCCAACAAAAGGCAGGCCACUUUCACGGGUGUCUGCCAAACUACUGCCCAGGAGAGGUGAUCUAUAUCGAAAAGCUCCCUCUUCCACUGACUUAGCUUCUGGGGCAUAUCGAACUGCUGAUCCCCUGGCUGACUCCCGAAGUUCUUUUGAGGAAGAAAAUUCUGCGCCCUUGUUUGAUGACGACGAUAUAGACAGUGAAGGGAUGAAUAAUUCCAUACACAGUCUUGAACACGAACCCCAGGACUCAGUGCCCGAUAAUAACGUUGUUGAGGCUAUGGAAGCAGCCUUGAACAAUAUCAUGGAGGACAAUCCCGAUGUUGAAGACCUCCGGAAGUCGUUGUUUGGUGACGAGGAAAAUCUGGAACUUCCGAAUCCUAGCAUUGCUUCACAUAACGGAAAUAAUUCGACGCGGAGCUCUAUCGAUCACAAACGAGCAGAUUUGUUUGGGGAGAAGACUGAAAAGCCAAGUAUCGCAUCUCUUGGUCUUGUAAACACCUCAUCUAGAAUUGGGGUUUUCACCGAUGAUGAUUUGUUUGGUGAUGAGGAGAAAUUUCUUGACGAUGAGCAUGAAGACCCCGAAGUAGAUAAUAAGCCAGAUGAGGAAGAGGUCCAUGAAGCUGCACCGGGAGAUCUUGGCUUAGCUGAAGCUAUCACAGUCCUUACCACGGACAUUGAUAGACUUAUGGCCCAGGAUGCGGUGGUUGAUUCCCUGACAAGGAAAGCAGAGCUUACAAAUAACAACGCCGAGCUACGAAUCUUGCGAAAGUCUAAAGCGAGUUUACAACGCGAGAUCCGACGGAAAGAGCUUCAACGUCAGCAGUACGUGAUCCAAGAGAGUGACAACAGUCUUUAUGGUCGGUCUACCAUCAAAAUUAAGUCGAUCGUGGUGGGAAAGGAGGAAGAUGGACGAGAAUACGCAAUCUAUGUCGUUGAAGUGCAACGCAAUGCUGGAGAGCAGAUGCCUGCAGCGACUUGGACAGUCACCCGACGCUACAGUGAAUUCCACGAACUUCACCAACGGCUAAGGAUUAAGUAUCCUUCAAUACGAAAUCUUGAUUUCCCAAGGCGGCGUAUGGUCAUGAAACUACAGAGCGAUUUUCUGCAUAAACGAAGGAUGGCGCUUGAGAAGUACUUGCGAGAGAUUCUGCUGCUGCCAGAUGUCUGUCGUAGCCGGGAGCUUCGCGCGUUCCUUUCACAGAGUGUUAUUGGCCCCCCUAGUGAUGGCUUUUACGAUCGUGAGGAAGACAAAAAGGAUAUGAUGACUAGAUUCUACAAUACUGUCACGGAUGGCAUGGAAGACCUCUUGGGAAAUAUUCCAGUACUAGACCAGCUCUCCGUAGCAGGUCAGAACUUAUUAUCUGCUGCGACAAGCCAGCUCGUCACGAUGCCAACGACUAUCAGCGAAGACCCUCUUACAGUCGCGGAGGCAGAGGCAGAAUUAAAUGCAUUUGAAGACCGCGAAUUGGAGCCUUUUGUCAAACCCAUUUGCGACAUAUUCCUGGAAGUCUUCGAGCUCAAUCGUGGCAACAAUUGGCUACGUGGCCGGGCAGUCGUAGUAGUUCUGCACCAACUUCUCGGCGGCACCAUCGAACGAAAAGUGCGCGAUAACGUGAAAGGCUUCAUUUCAGAAGAGGCAAUCAUCAAAUACGUCAAUCUUCUUAAGGAUUCCAUGUGGCCCAAAGGCCAGCUCAAAAGGGACACCAAGCCUCGGACGGCCACCGAGAAGUCGAAAACCCGUACUGAAGCAAGCCUGAUGCUCGCUACCCUGGUACCGGAUUUGGCUGCUAGUGUUGUUGGGAGAGUAAACGCUCAGGCUGCGAGUAGGAGGAUUUUUGCAACGUUCAAUAAUCCACGAUUAAAUGCACAUCUGGUGUUUACGUUGUUAGAUGAAGUUGUUGAUGUAUUAUUUGGAGACAUUCGGGCAUAA